GUUUUGGCAGACAGCUUCUCUUCUUCAGUCUUAGUAAAUCCGUUCCUUAGGGUAGUCGCCGUGGACCGUAUUCUCCGUGUUUGGCGUUCCGGUUGUCAGAAUUUUUUGGUGAAGGAAUUUUUGCUUGUUGGAUUGUGUUACUUAAUUCUUGGAAGAAAUAGGAAACCGUUUGUUUGAAGUGAAUUGUUCUUGUGGGGAAAAUUCUCCCGAACCGGAUCGAUAAAAGCGGGCAGUGAACUAGCGAGUGGAAACUAACGUCAUCGACGUCGGCGGGACACAAAGAAGUCAAACACAGCCACGGAGCAGAGCCUUCAUCCUUUGAUCCUACGAAGUCCAUGCACAGCAUCAUAAUCGACGAGAAGCUAGAGUGAUAUUAAUAACGAGCGAAUUGAGUGCGUAGUUAGCAAAGCUCCCUCAGUGAGUGAGUAUUAGGGAAAGUGAAGCAAUUGCUCUCGAUUAAAUUCAUUCGAGUGUCGUGCGUGCGUGUGUGCGAUCGCAUUGUGCAUUAAUUGAAUUGAAGGUCGUCGGAAGCGAAGCGGCGAAGGAUCUUGAGUGAAAAGGAGCCAACGAAGAGCAAGGAUGUCGGCCUGGAACUACCAUCCAACACUGUCGGAGGAGGAACGUGACGAAUACAACGACAGCUCAGUCAGGCUGCGGAAUCCCAACAUCGAACUCAUGGACCAGGAUAUUCUGUACCACUUGGCGCUAGGCAGCGGCAGCCAUGAUUUGCACGAAAUGUUUGGCGAUGUUAAGUUUGUCUGCAUGGGUGGAACCCCGAAGCGCAUGGAGAACUUUGCGCACUUCAUCAUGGACGAAAUCGGCUACAAACUCCCCGCCGGCACUCAGCUGCAGGACAUUAGCGCCUUCUCCUAUCGGUAUUCCAUGUACAAGGUCGGACCAGUGCUGUCGAUCAGCCACGGAAUGGGUGUGCCUUCGCUCGGCAUUUUGCUGCACGAGAUGAUCAAGCUGAUGUACCACGCCAAGUGCAAGGAUCCGAUCUUCAUGCGAAUCGGCACGUGCGGUGGCAUCGGCGUCGAGGGCGGCACCGUCGUUAUCACUGACGAUGCCGUCGAUGGACUACUCCGGAGUACCCAUGAGAUUGCCAUUUUGGGUAAAAUCGUUCACCGUCCAGCCAUUCUAGACAAGCGAUUAGUGCGAGAACUGAAAUCCCUAGCGUCCCAGGAUGACCCGUACGAUACGAUCGUCGGAAAGACGAUGUGUACUUCGGACUUCUAUGAAGGUCAAGGCCGUCUGGAUGGAGCGUUCUGUGAGUUCAGCGAGCAGGACAAGAUGGACUACCUCGAAAAGCUGCACGACUUUGGCGUCGUGAACAUCGAGAUGGAGUGCACCAUUUUUGCGGCGCUGACGCACUACGCCGGCAUCAAGGCGGGAAUCGUUUGUGUGACGCUGCUGGAUCGGCUCAAGGGUGACCAGGUCAUGUCCCCGAAGGAGGUCAUGAACGAGUGGCAGCAACGACCGCAGAUUCUCGUGUCUCGGAUGAUCCGCAAACACCUUGCCCAGGCGGGACACCUGAAAAGCCUAGCGGCGAUUCCAAGUGCCAUCAAGUCGCCACGGCGAUUCAAAUUGGUCCAGCAGGAAUCGGAAGCGCACGAGUAAAGUGAUUUCGGUGUACUUAUUUUACGUUUUUACAGACUCCUUAACUUUGAGAAUAGUAUGACGCCUGGAGCGCAAAAUUGGAGUACGAGCGGUUCGGGUCUCGUAUGGAAAAGACAACAUUACACAGCACAUUCCAUUUAAUUAGCGAAUAGUGUCCCUCCCAUCCGGGUGCAAUCACGACGGCGGGAGGUGAUAGAUUUUUUUUUAUUUGUUUUACCGAACAGGAUUCAUCCCUCCACUGAAAUCGGAGGGAAAUGGACAAUGAGACGGCAUCGUGAUAUUGUAAAGCUUAGCCUAAAACAUAGAACAAUACAAUUAGUGAUUGGUGUUUAGAACAGAACGGGAAAAAAAAAAGUUAAAUCGUAAUGGCAUUCGGUUUCGACGCUGUGAGUCAGCAUUCUGCGUUUUUGGAAGAUUUUUCGCUUUCAAAAUUUAUGUUUUUGCAACUCAAAAUUGCAAAAACUGGGGUUACUCAGUGCAGUAGAAUUUUCUUCACUUUUCCGGGAGAAAUGUCAAUAAGUGUUUCCAGGAAAAUCGAGGAAAAAUUUACUCAUUUUCUAUUAUGAGUUACUCUCAUUGGCCGUGUGCUAAGCAUUUCUACUCGGGUUUGCCAAUUUAUCAGACAAAAGUUGGUGGAUCGAUAAUGAAGGAAUUUUAUAGGGUGUGUCGAAAAUUAUGAGUUCGAAUCGACCCGUGUAAUUUUCUACCCUUGAUUUUUUUACAUAUAUGGAAAAUUCGCUGGUAAAAGAAAACGAUCUGAAAUCUGAAUCUGAAAUUAUUUGAAAGAUAUUUACCAUUACCUUUACCAUUUCAUUGUAUUUCUAUGGUUGAUGUUUUACGGGAUUUUAUCUAUGGACCAUUUUUUUUUUUUGUAUUUAGUGAAGCCGAAUCGAAUUGCUAAAGAUUGUGGAUACUAAAAAAAACUUUGUGAUUGCUUUCGGGUGAUGUUGAUAUGUAGGAGCAUACAUGAUUCUAUCAGCAAAAUUGCAUAAUUUAAUAACAAAUUCAAGUUUUUUAAAUGUUACAUCGAUUCACCAGUUGCUGAUAAACUAACCUCAAAAGAAACAAAUGUUUAGUGAUGUUCUCAUGAAUGAAAAAAAGAUAAAAUCAGUAAUGCAAAGCAAGCCCCGGUAGCCUCCACAAUGGCUUCUGUGUUUUAAAAUAGAUAUGUCAAACAGUCAUUCUUUUCCGUUGUGCUACGAUCGAUGGAAUGGCUUCGACAAUUUAUUACCUUAUGCUAUGAUACAAUAAAACAAAAACAAAAUCAUGAAGAGAAAUCAAAUCGACAACGAGUUAAAUGUGGACCGCAUUGAUACAAAAAUAAGCAUAUAUUUUUCCAUGUUGUUCAGUUGAUCGUUUACUGAGAGUUAUCUGGUAGUUGUGUAAUAUUAAUCUCCUUAUGUGGGAGCGCAAGCGGUAGCAAAUAGCAAAUACAUAAAAA